AUGGCGGCGGCCAAGUCCAUCGACCGGCUGGCGGCGCGCCUGGUGGUCCCGGCCGAGCCCACGCCAGCCGGCCCGCUCCGCCUCUCCUGGCUCGACCGGUACCCCACGCAGAUGGCGCUCAUCGAGUCGCUGCACGUGUUCAAGGCGGCCCCCGACCGGCCCGCCACCGCCACCGGCGGCAUUGACGGCGCCGCCGCCGCCAGCCCGGCCAGGACCAUCGAGCGCGCGCUCGCCCGCGCAUUGGUCCACUACUACCCUCUCGCGGGCCGCCUGGUCCUGUCGGAGUCCGGCGCGCAGCAGGCGGUGGACUGCAGCAACGCCGGCGUGUGGUUCACGGAGGCCGAGGCCGCCUGCACGCUCGAGGACGUGGACUACCUGGAGGCCCCGCUGAUGGUCUCCAAGGACGACCUCAUCCCGCCCACCCCCGCCGCCGGCGACGAGGACGAGCGCGCGCUCGUCCUGCUCGUCCAGGUCACCUCCUUCGCCUGCGGGGGAUUCGUCGUGGGCUUCCGCUUCAGCCACGCUGUCGCCGACGGCCCGGGCGCCGCGCAGUUCAUGAACGCGGUCGGGGAGCUGGCACGCGGGGCCGACGCGAUGUCGGUGGAGCCGCAGUGGGGCCGCGACGCGAUCCCGGACCCGGCGUCCGCGCUGGUGGGGCGCCUCCCGACGCCCGACGCCGACAGCAAGCGGCUCGAGUACCUCGCCAUCGACAUCUCCGCCGACUACAUCAACCACUUCAAGGCGCAGUACAGCGCGGCGCACGCGGGCGCCGCGUGGUGCUCCGCGUUCGAGGUGCUCAUCGCUAAGGCGUGGCAGAGCCGCACCCGCGCGGCCUGGUUCGAGCCGGACUCCCCCGUGCACCUCUGCUUCGCCAUGAACGCGCGGCCCAUGCUACACGCCUCGCUCCCGCGUGGCGGCGCCGGGUUCUACGGCAACUGCUACUACAUCAUGCGCGUGUCGGCGCCCGCCGGGAAAGUGGCGGGGUCCUCGGUCACGGAGGUGGUGAAGAUCAUCAAGGACGGGAAGCGGCGGAUGCCCGCGGAGUUCGCGCGGUGGGCGGCGGGCGAGGUGGGCGCCGCCGGCGUCGACCCCUACCAGAUCACGUCCGACUACCGCACGCUGCUGGUGUCCGACUGGACGCGCCUUGGCCUCGCGGAGGUGGACUACGGUUGGGGCCCACCGGCCCAUGUCGUGCCGCUGACGAACCUGGAUUACAUCGCCACGUGUAUCCUGGUGAAGCCGUGGGCCCACAAGCCAGGGGCACGGCUCAUCACGCAGUGCGUCACCCCGGACCGCGUCGCUGCCUUCCACGAGGGCAUGCUCGACACCAGCUGUUGA